CCAGGCACAACACUACAACUCGUUCAACGUUUCGGUCGACAGAUGCUCUAGAAAACACAAAUUAUUUCCGCUUUAAAAUAUUUCUACUUUGUGUGGCAAACAAUUCAGCAAGCAGCAAACUGUAAGUUCGCAUUCAGAGCAGGGGGAACCAGCAAGUUCAUUGAUUUGGAGUCAGUUUGGAGACUAAUUCGCCAGCAAAGAUGUCGGACAAUGGCGCUGCGUCUGGUGUGAUGAAUCUGCUGCUGUGUGGCGCCACUGGACUUGGCUGCUGCACGCUUGGGCCACAGGACCAUCCGUAUGCCUUCGCGGCCUGUGUGGUGGGCUUCUGCCAUGGACUGCUGGGCAUGGUCGCCUGUGUCUCGGGCGAUGAGAACGCGAAGAGAGCAAAGGAGGCCACCACGGCCCUGAUGGAGAUUGUGCCGCUGCCGCUGGUCAACGUGGAGCUGUUCCUGGGCUCCGACAGCAACAACAUUGCGCUCGGCCACGGACUGUUCAUUGUGCCACUGGCGGUCAGUGCGCUCAUCGGCUGGGCAAAGGACAGCGACGAGGUCGGCAACGCACGCGACACGCUCAAGACCCUGACCGUGCUGGGCAACGUGACGUCGCUGGUCUUCUUGGCACUCAACGAGAGCAGCUGGCCCAUGGGCGGCAUGGCAUUCCUGGCCUUCAUGGCCAAGUUCGGGGCCAACUUCUGCGAGGACAACAUGGCCGAGGGCAGUGGCAAGCACGUGGCCUGCGUCAGCUGGUCGGGAUUCUUCUUCCUCGCCACCAUGGCCAUCGCCGGCGAGUCAAACUGAAACCCAAACUGAAAUCCAAAUUUCCCCCUAUUUCCAUUGAUUGCAAAUUACCACCGAAAUUCACAGCCCACAAAAACCUACUUUAAAUACUAGCAAAUUUAUUCCGGACUCACUCUGGUAAACAAUAAAAACCCCAACUCAAUAA